GUCGUGGUUGAAGUCGCCAAACUCGAGCGACUUUGAGCCUGCCCGGUUGCCGCCGACCGCAACCUUCCAGCUCCCGUUCCGUAGCCUCUACGUCGGCACAUAUUGUCUACCAGUGAGCUCCGUUGCUUGCUCGUUGCGAUGAACGUCAUUAACUCCGUCAAGGAGUACGUUACGACGGUGUUCGACCUCGGCAGCACUCGCACGGAAGCUAUCGACGUCGUGGCAAUUCAGCAUGAUGCACCAGACCAGCAAGUCCGGUCUACUCCUUUCUACGUGCGCUUCGAGGUGACCAAGUACCACGACCGUCGAGUGGACGUGUUCGUCAAUGGCGAGCAGGCCCGCGGCGUGUACAUGGAGCUUGACUCGAACGGAGAGGCCUUCUUCGCACGCGUGCAGUCGCCUGACACGAUGAUGGAGCCCAUGUUCUUCACCGACUUCGGAGAUCCUCCGUCAAACCCAUCCACUUUCAACUCCUUCAAUGAGGACUCCAUGCGCGAUCCCGUUGUGUUGCGGACCAACGUCAAGUUUUCCGAGGACAUGCGUACACCCAGUUUCUACUUUGACGCAAUGCACAGCGCCCCUCCGUCCGUCGAGAAAGCGAGUGUCCUGCAAAAGACCACGAGCGACUACUUUGACGCUCAGUCCGAGCCUGGUCCCCACCCUUCGGCAACAUCCACCGACCACGGCGACCCCGCGCAGUCCAUCCACAUGGACUUGUUCCAUGCACAGCCAGCGCUGUCCCUCUGCGGCGACUUGCUAUCGACGGCCAUGACGACGGAAGAUGCCGCUGCCAUCUUUCGAAAUCAUCAAGUGUCGGCCGAUGCAUUUCGCCGAGACGGCAUCGCUAUCCUCCAAGACCCAGCGCUCAGGGUGCUUGUUCAUGGCACGUACCAUCGCUACGACCUCUUUGCGCAAUCGCAGCUCGUGACCGAAGCGUGCUUUCCGACCUCGAAGUCUCACCUUCGUUCCCUCAUGAAACCAUCGGCAUGUCAACCGACUCUAGCGCAGCCAUCACCGUCGCUACCCUUCGUUGAAGAGACAGCCAAGCCACGUCGGCACACCAUCGAUGGGCUCGUACCUUUGCCUUUCACUCAACUCUCGAAUGACCAAGCCAGCCUGACUCGGACAGACAGCACCCGUGCCACAACUUCGCGAUGGCUGCGGUGGUUUCGAUCGAGCCCCCGGUCGUCGUCGUCCAGGCUUGCGUUGGCUACAGACAAUCUUCCAUCGGGUGGCGCCGAGGAAGAACCGAGCGAGCCACUGCUUCACCGAUGUGUGUACCCAGACCAAGACCAGCUCGGCCGCAUGCACCUGGUGUAUGGCCCCAACAAGCUCGAGUUCCGCGUCAAGUCCAAUGUGUUUGGCGAAGAGGAUCUGGUCGUGACAUCGACGCUGUUCCUUUGGCACGCCUCGACGAAGCUUGUCGUGGCUGACAUCGACUUUGCCGUGAGCUGCGAUGUCGCCGCCGAUUCCUCGUCGUUCCUUCGAUCGUCGUCGACCAAGUACGAUGUCGCGGACGGCGCUCCCGACUUCUUUUCCCAUGUUCUCGACCACGGCUACCAGCUCAUCUACCUCUCGUCUCGCAAUCCCGUCGACUCGAGGGAGAUGCUGGAUUUCCUUCCCCAGGCGCCGCUUCUUGGCGCGUUUGGGACGUUUGACAUGGACAACGAUCAAGUCGCUCUCAAGCUGUCCAUGCUCCAGGAGCUCCAGGCUCUGUACCCCCCCGACGUGAAUCCGUACUACGCCGCCCUCACGAACGCCAACCACACCAACGCCUUCCUCGACUCGGGUCUGCAUCCAGGCAAAGUGCUCGUUGUGGACUCGUCAACUGGCCGCUUCCGCCUGGCCCAUCAAAAGGUGCACAAGGACACGGACGUCUCGUAUGCCAAUCUACGCGAUCCCCGCACAUUUGACUUUAUGUUUCCGCCCGUGAACGCCUCGACCGUCGAUUCGAGCUCCACCGCGCCGCCGGGUGACGUCGCGCCCGCCGGGCGAAACCCCUCCACGUUCCACGAAGAAGCGUUCAACGAUCUCAACUUCUGGCGCCUGCCUCCUCCGCGCAUGUGACUGCGUCGUACAAGCAAGUCGUCCAGCCCCGUUUCUCCAACUCGCUUGACUCGAUGGAGCAAUGUCGAACUGAACAGGAUGUGUUCUCGAUGCACA